AUGGAUGCGUGUCUGUGCUCAGGGCAGCAGCCCCAGUCCGUGGACGAGGCACCGAGACCCCCGGAUGAGGAGGGUCUACAGACAGACGGCAGCAGCGGACCCCCGGGAGAUUCUAACAAGAUAGAACCAUCGCUUCAAAGCCUCCAGAAAUUUGUUCCUAUGAAUUACGCCAGCUACACCCAGGAGUACUAUCAGUUUGCAGGCAAGAGGAUUGUCAUUCAAGAAUCGAUCGAGAGUUACGGAGCGGUGGUGUGGCCAGGGGCCAUGGCUUUGUGCCAGUAUUUGGAGGAACACGCAGAGGAACUUGGUCUCCAAGGAGCUAAGAUGCUUGAAAUCGGUGCUGGACCAGGCCUCGUUUCCAUCGUGGCCAGUAUUCUAGGAGCUCAAGUCACAGCAACGGAUUUGCCUGAUGUCCUAGGGAACCUUCAAUACAAUCUUUUAAGGAACACACUAAACCAUACAGCACAUCUGCCUGAAGUGAAAGAGCUGGUGUGGGGAGAGGGCCUGGAACAGAACUUCCCCAAGUCCACGUGUUACUAUGAUUACUUGCUGGCUUCUGAUGUGGUCUACCACCAUUACUUCCUGGACAAGCUGCUUGCCACCAUGGCAUACCUCUGCCAGCCGGGAACGGUGUUGCUUUGGGCAAACAAGUUCAGAUUCAGCACCGAUUAUGAAUUUUUAGAUAAAUUCAAGCAGGUUUUUGACACAACACUCUUGGCUGAAUUUCAAGAGUCAUCAAUCAAACUUUUUAAAGGAGUGCUAAAAUGGGACUAAAUUAAACAAGAUGCCUUUCGAAAC